UCACACAAAUCUUGAUCUACCUUCUGCCGAGGAAAAAGCAACCAACUACACAUAAUCAAUGGGAAAGAGAUGGGCAUUGAUCGCGGCGGCGCUGGUGGCGCUGGUGGUGGCUGUUAGCUGUUACGACGAAGAAGGAGGGAGGUGGGAGGGGGGCGGCGAAGAGGGCGGAACGGGGUGGAGGGAAGGGGAGGAUUGGUUCUUGUUGCAGGAUUCAAAGCAUGUGGUGAGGACUGAUGCAGGAGAUAUGAGGGUGGUGAGCGGGUUUGGAGGCAGAUUCGUGAAGAGCCCUAUGCAUAUUGGCUUCAUUACUAUGGAGCCCAAAACCCUCUUCAUCCCUCAGUAUCUUGAUUCUAGCCUCAUCCUCUUCGUUCGCAGAGGGGAAGCAAGAGUUGGACAUAUAUACAAAGAUGAACUGGUGGAAAGGAGGUUGAGGAUGGGAGAUAUAUACAGAAUUGAGGCGGGUUCGGCUUUCUAUUUGAUGAACACAGGAGAGGGGCAGAGGCUUCACAUAGUCUGCAGCAUUGAUACAUCGCAGAGCUUGGGAUUCCAGACAUUCCAGUCUUUCUACAUUGCUGGUGGAACAUAUCCAUCGUCAGUGCUUGCUGGAUUCGAUCACCUAACAUUGGCUACUGCAUUCAACGUGACGGAAGCAGAAUUGGGGGAGAUGUUGACGAGGCAAAUGAACGGCCCAAUCGUGUACUUGUCUGAUACUCAUUCGCCUAGCGUUUGGUCUAAGUUCUUGGACAUGGAGCAGAAUCAAAAACUGGCGCAUAUGAGGAGAAUUGUGCGUAUUAGAGAAGAAGACCUCGAGGCCGAUGAGGAGCAACCAACAUGGUCUUUCAGGAAGUUCUUACCCUCCAUAUUUAAGAAGAAGGAGGGUAAGGGAGGCAAGACAGGGAAAGGACCAGACGCUUACAACAUCUACGACAGGAAGCCAGACUUUCAGAAUAACUAUGGGUGGAGCACUGCUUUGGACGAGUCCGACUAUUCGCCCCUUAAGCACGAUGACAUUGGCGUCUAUCUUGUCAAUCUCACUGCGGGAUCAAUGAUGGCACCUCAUAUCAAUCCAAGAGCAAUUGAGUACGGAAUAGUACUAAGAGGAGCUGGAACUAUCCAAAUCGUGUACCCUAAUGGUAGCUUAGCCAUGAAUGCCAAAGUGACCGAGGGCAACGUCUUUUGGAUACCACGCUACUUCCCGUUCUGCCAAAUUGCCUCACGAACAGGCCCGUUUGAGUUCUUCGGGUUCACCACCUCCGCUCGGAACAACAGGCCUCAAUUCUUGGUUGGAGCAAACUCUCUGCUCCACACUUUGAGAGGUCCUGAAUUUGCAGCUGCAUUCGGGCUGAGUGAGGACAGGCUGAACGAGAUCAUCAAUGCGCAGCGGGAGUCAACCAUCUUGCCAUCAGCCACAGUUGCGCCUCCGGAGGAGGCUGCGUUGGUGAAGCUGCAUAGAGAAGAGGUGGCAAAGGUUGUGAGCAGUUUUGGGAAUGAGAUGGUGAUGGGGUUUGAUUAGAGGGACUAGUACAGUUUGGUGCCAUUCUCCAUUUUCGAAUUGGUGUUUUUAAAUUGUUGUGUGUUCUUUUUGGAAGUUGGGUUGAUUUUGUCUUAGCUGGUGUUGUGCACCUUUCGGAAGUUGUGAAUAAAACUGGGCUGCUGCUUCUCUCUUAA